AACAAGCGCCACCGCCGAUUGUCUCUGACUUGCGCGGAACAAUUAAGUUCUAAUUUGCCUGAAUGGGCCAGGGAAUUACACAGUAGUUAACUUGAGUAAAUAGCCCGGCGGGGGAACAUUUAAAGUCGAGUGGACAACGUGGGUUGGCUGCAGUCCUCGACAAGUCGCAGAGGAAGGCGGAGAGAUUGGAAAGUUCCCGAAUCGUGGUCGGCGGAAGGUUAAGAGAGCUCGUCGUGCGCGUCACACCGCGGGCCAGCUUGUGGUUUAAUUUUGCCACGUUUGCACAGCGCCCACUUGUUGCACACAGCUUGCGCAGAAAGUCGCAAGUGUCGUCCGUCUUUUAUCAUCAGACUUGCGCUGGUCGGACAGUCUUCUGCACUCUGUUUGGCUGCAGAUUUCCAGGCCUCAGUCACAAGCUGUUCCACAGACUCCCUUUCCCGGCUGUUUUGCUAGCAAACUUUCGAGCACAAGUGUUGUUUUUAAGGCAAAAAUCCUUCAUUUUUUUCUCACAAUGGAAGUUGUGCAACAUAACGAGGAUCAAUACAUUUUCAACGGCGCGUCCGACAUCUCUACUCAGAACGGAGCGUCGGCGUCCUACCAAAACAUGACGCCGCCAAUGCCGGACUUUUACAGCGACUUCGACAACAGCACCUACAACUUCGCCAGUCUGGCGUUCGACCUGGCCGACCUUGGGGACUUAGCUGCCAGCGUCGACGUUCCUCUCUACGGCGGCGGCUUCCCGUCGGGCGACGCCGGGUACGUCCAAGGCGACGUCAACACGUACAGCCCCGCGUCAUCCGGCGGUUCGAGCUACAGUCCUGACACGUACAGCCCGUCCAACUACACACCUAACAACUACCCACAAGGCUCCUACGAUGUGCCAAGCCACGAUCACGACGCGAACGCCGCCGUGGCGGGAACCUGGUCGUGCUGGACACAGCCAGUACCGCAACAAGCCGCCUACUUCGACGGGACGCAGGCCGCACAGGGUCUGUACAACUUCGGCGGGCAGCCGCAGGCACACGUAGGGUACGGACAGCCUCAACAGGGAAGCCUUCAACAACAGCAACAGCCCGGCCAGACCAAGCCGAAGACCCGGCGCCGCAUCCCGACCGUGGCCCAGCGGAAAGCCGCAAACGUGCGCGAGAGGCGGCGGAUGUUCAACCUGAACGACGCCUUCGACAAGCUCAGAAAGAGGGUGCCGACGUUUUCCUACGAGAAGCGGCUGUCCCGUAUAGAAACCCUGAGACUCGCCAUCAUCUACAUCCACUUCAUGAAGGACGUCUUGGCCGGGAAGACCGUCAGUGAGGCGGAGAUCCGCAGUGUGCGGAGAAACCUGACCACGGCCAUGCAGGCCGCCAUGGGGGAGGAGAACGAGUCUCCGUCCGACGGGCUGUCAGAAACAUCCGAGGGGCCCGCGUCGGUGUGA